UCUCGGCCUCUCUAGCCCACUUUAUUCUCUCUCGCUCUCAAUUUCCCAUUUUUUUCCUAGUUUACACUCAUAUAUCUAUAAUUCAACUAUACACACAGAUUUUCGAGCUAAACAAUAAUCUCAGAGGCACGGUUGUUGAUGAGAUGGCACUGCUCAUAGAUAAACGAGAGAGUAUGAGCCGGUACAUGAAAAGUGCAAAACAAAAGGCGUCAACUGAUGUGUCAAGUAUUGCACGAAAAAGAAAAAGUCGAGGACUUGCAGAAUUUGAAGAAGUAAUGACGGAGAAAAAUGUGGAGUCAUCUCCAGAAAGGAGCAAAAGUUUAGUAAAGGAGGAAAGAAUAGUGGGAAAAAUUAAGGGUUUUCACCGUGGAAGAGCACCAUUGGCUCAUAGGAUCGCCUUGGAAAAAGAAAAAAUCAUGGAAGUUGAAUCAUUUAGUGACUGCUGUGAAGAUGAAGAAAGAGGAGGCGUCGAUUGUUCUAUAGGCAAGGAUAUAAAUAAAAUGAAUGAACUCGAUAAUGUGGGUGAUAGGAGGAGGACAGAAAGGCGUCAGGCUACAUGGAACAAGAAGAUCUUUGACGAUGGCUUUUUCUAUGGUUAUUGGACAGAAAGUGAAGAUGAUGAGAUCCCCACUUCUGCAAAGAUGAAAAAGAAAGAAAUUAGAUGUUCAAAUGAAAUUAAGAUGAAAAAAAUUGGUGACCCUGAGGAGAUUAAGGUUAGAAGUUUUAGUGAUGCAAGUGGGGUCAAGACAAAAAGACUUCCAAAAGAGACCACAAGUAAAAGUGUUGAGCCUAGGAAAUCUUCUCUUUACAAUCCAUCUUCUUUGUUCCGCAAUUCGUGUUUUUCAAAUUCUACAUCCAAAAUUGAGAUGAACGACAUGAAAACAAAUAUAGCCAACAAAAAGGGCCAGGCUUGCUUACCAUCGUGUCACCAAUGUAUGAGACCAGGGAGAAGGAUUGUUGUACCUUGCCAGAGAUGCAGGGGAAAAUUCUACUGUAUUCAAUGUAUAAAACUUUGGUAUCCUCGAUUGUCAGAAGAAGAAAUCGCAGAGGAGUGCCCAUUUUGCCGUGGAAACUGCAAUUGCAACAUGUGCUUACACUCAAGUGGCACGUUAAAGAUGUUAAAGAGAUGUCCCCCCGAUCGGGAGAAGUUGCAACAUAUUCAGUACUUGAUCAAUGCACUUCUUCCAGUCAUAAAGCAGAUUCGUCAGGAUCAAGAUAGUGAGAUAACGUUAGAGUCCGUUUCCAAAGGAAUUCUAGCAUCCUCUGUUAAACCAGAGCAGGUCAAUUUUCACAAUGAGGAGCGUGUCUAUUGCAACCAAUGCGCAACUUCAAUUGUUGAUCUCCACCGAAGUUGCCCCAAGUGCUCGUUUGAGCUUUGCCUUCAAUGUUGCUGGGAAAUACGCAGUGGUCGGCUUUUGGGGGAACAGAGCAAAGUGAGGUUCAAAUAUGUGAAUAAAGGCAAUAAUUAUAUCCAUGGCGGUGACCCACAACCAGAAUCUACUUCUGUGAAUACUUCAAAGAGUCGAACCCAGAAACUUAGUGUGUGGUUCGCGGAAGAAGAUGGGAGUAUUACUUGUCCUCCAAAAGAUAUGGGAGGAUGUGGCAGUUGUCCAUUGGAGCUCAAGCGGCUCCUUCCAGAAGACUGCAUAUCUAGUCUGGAAAGAAGGGCAGAACUGAUAAUAAGUAUACAUGGAAUAUGUAAAGAUCCAUCCAAUGCAGUUUGUAGUAAAACUGACGGUGAGGACUUAUGCACAGCAGCUAUGAGACAUGGAUCUGAUGACAACUUCUUGUACUGUCCAGCUGCAAGAGAUGUCCAGAAAGAAGAACAGCUGUUGCACUUCCGUAGCCACUGGGCUUUAGGUGAACCAAUCAUUGUUCGUAAUGUCUUGGAACAGACUUCUGGCUUAAGUUGGGAACCUAUGGUUAUGUGGCGUGCACUAUGUGAAAAUUUGGAAUCCAAAAUGAGUCUGGAUAUGUCUAAAGUGAAGGCUAUCGACUGUCUUGCUGGUUGUGAGGUUGAGAUUAAUACUCGCGAGUUUUUUAAAGGUUAUAUAGAAGGAAGAACCUAUGAAAAUUUGUGGCCUGAGAUGCUCAAACUAAAGGACUGGCCUCCAUCAAAUAAGUUCGAAGAUCUAUUGCCUCGUCACUGUGACGAAUUUAUUAGUGCAUUGCCCUUCAAAGAAUACACAGAUCCUAGGGAUGGUUUUCUCAAUCUUGCUGUAAAGUUGCCACCUAAUGUCCUUAAACCUGAUUUGGGUCCAAAGACAUACAUUGCUUAUGGUAUUGCUGAGGAACUUGGGCGAGGGGAUUCAGUAACUAAGCUUCAUUGUGAUAUGGCAGAUGCGGUAAAUAUAUUAACGCACACUGCUGAUAUAGAGUUAAGUGAUGAGCAAAGAUCUGCUAUGGAAACCUUAAAAGAUGUCCACAGAGCACAAGAUGAACGAGAAUGUGUUCAGAGAGAGGACAGCAUAUUCAAACAAAGUAGUUGCAUCAUUGCAAAUGCACAUGACUAUAUACUUCCAGCAAAACAACACAAGAACAGUGCAGAUGUUAGUCCUUCAAUAAAUGACCUGGGAGUGUCAAAUGAAGUGAACAAUCAAAGAAAGAUUCUCUCUGAGAUUAGUUAUGUAAAUGGAACUUCGACUGAAAUGAAUAAUUCUGGGGUUCAUUCUCUUGCUCUUCAAUCACCUGAAGAAAACUCAACUGAAGGUGGUGGAGCCCUUUGGGACAUUUUCCGAAGAGUUGAUGUACCAAAAUUAGAAGAGUAUCUAAUAAAACAUUCUAAAGAAUUUAGACAUACUUACUGCUGUCCUGUUGACCAAGUUUAUCAUCCGAUUCAUGACCAGUCCUUUUACUUGACUUUGGAGCAUAAAAGGAAGUUGAAGAAUGAAUAUGGAAUAGAGCCCUGGACUUUUGUGCAAAAGCUUGGUGAUGCAGUGUUUAUUCCAGCAGGAUGCCCGCAUCAAGUGCGCAAUCUCAAGUCAUGUACGAAGGUGGCUAUGGACUUUGUAUCUCCAGAAAAUGUUCAUGAAUGUCUUCGCAUAACUAAUGAAUUUCGCAAACUGCCAAAGGGCCACAAGGUCAAGGAAGACAAACUUGAGAUUAAGAAAAUGGUUCUCCAUGCCAUUAACCAUGCUGUAAAAGAUUUCGAGGACUUGAUAUCAUCGCUGAACCGGUGACAUAGAUAUGUAUCAACUUAUCAUAUCCAUGUUUCUUUUUUGUUUGAUAAGCACAAGGGAAAAUUUUGAACAUAAUUUUGUAAUAGGUUUUGGCCUCUUACUCCUAGUGUACUCUCCUGGCCCUUCAAGGGGUAUCUAAUAUCUUUCAAUGAUGGGAACUCGGAACACAGGAACAUGGCCCGCGAAGCAAAUACACAGAAAUACAUAUCAUUGUUAGCCUC